CAGCUGUUAGUGCUGAGUGUUGUUAUAUUUCUUUGUGUCUAGCAGCAGGUGUGGGUGGGCAUUAAUUAAAUUAGAUUUCACAAUAAAUCAACGACAUGGCAUCGGUUCGCAUACCAAAGCAGAAGGUCAUACUUUGCGGGGAUUAUGGCGUGGGGAAGAGCUCCUUAUUCAGACGCUUCACCAACAAUACCUUUGUCACUGAGACAGACCGCAAAUCGACGCUCGGUCUCGAUCACAUUGACCGCGAGUACAAUGUGGGCGAAAAACAAAUUAAGCUGCAAUUGUGGGACACUGGCGGCAUGGAACGUGUGGCGUCUGUGACCUCAUCCUAUUACAAAUUUGCAGAGGGUGCUAUUCUGGUCUUUGCUCUGGACAAUGCUGCGUCGUUUCAUUCCUUGUCGCAGCACUUGUUGGAUAUAGUCACUUAUGCGGAGAAUGCCAAAAUCUUUAUAUGCGGCAAUAAAUGCGACCUUGAAGGCCGCGAGCCUGAGGUAACCGAUGAAGAAGUCGAAGCCUUUUGUGAACAGUGCCACAACCUGAUUAGUGCAACAUACAAGACAUCUUGUCGCACGGGCAAAGGUAUUGAGGAAAUGUUCCAAGAUAUCUCAUGUCAACUGGUGCAGGCCAAUCGUUCCAAAAUGGAGCUUCAGGCGCUCGAACGACAAAGUUUUCAAGUAGACAAAACCAACCAGACAGAGAUCAACGAGGAUGCCUCCUCUUGCAGCUGCUAGCAGUUGGGAAACAUUGAGUUUGGCUAAUUUAUUGGCUAAAGCUGAACUCAAUGGAUUUUUAAUAAUUUAUUUAAUUUAUUAAUACCAAACCAAACUUGGUUAGUUUUAUU